AUGAAAGAAAUUGAAGACAUGGAAAGAAGGAAUGAAACACUGAAUACUGGGUUCAUUCUCCUUGGACUCUUCCCGGGCAUGAAACAUGUCAGCUUCCUUGUUUUUAUCAUCCUUUUGAUAUACCUUGUGGCUCUCACUGCAAACACCAGCUUGAUUCUUCUGAUCUGGGUGGAUCCUCGACUCCAUACUCCUAUGUACUUCCUCCUCAGUCAGCUUGCAAUAAUGGAUUUGACUCUAAUCUCUAGCACUGUCCCAAAGAUGGCCAAUGACUUUUUCUUGAGAAGGACAAAUAUCUCACAUGUUGCUUGUGGUACCCAGAUCUUUUUCUUCCUAACCUUAGGAAUUGCUGAGUGCAUCCUCCUCACCCUCAUGUCCUAUGACCGAUAUGUAGCCAUCUGUAACCCACUGAGAUACCCUAUCAUCAUGAGCCAGAGAGCCUGCAUACAAAUGACUUGUGUCUCCUGGCUUGGAGGUGCCCUCAUUUCUCUUGUUCACACAGCCUAUGUCAUGCAUUUUCCCAUCUGUGGUUCCAGGAAAAUUCCCCAUUUCCUCUGUGAGGUCAUGGCCAUUUUAAAAAUUACCUGUGAGGAUACUUCCUCCUAUGAGAAGGCAGUGGUAGUAACAAGCAUUGUGGUGCUCCUUCUCCCACUGUCAUUCAUCCUUUCUUCUUAUACUCUCAUUUUCCUCAAUGUCCUCCGCAUGAAUUCCCCUAAGGGAAGGAACAAAGCCUUGGCCACCUGUUCCUCCCAUCUAACUGUGGUGAGUCUCUACUAUGGUCCAGCUAUUGUAGUCUACAUGAGGCCAAGUUACUACCACAGCCCCAGAAUAGACCAGGUUCUCUUUGUGCUUGGUGCUAUCCUCACUCCUAUGAUGAAUCCCCUCAUUUACAGUCUGAGAAACAAGGAAGUUGUAGGAGCACUGAAGAAAAACCUGGGCCAGUGCUUGACUAGAAAUAGGUGCAGAACAAUUAAGUUAAUUCAAUCAAAAUGGUAG